CAGUUAGAGAGGGAUUGUGGAGUGGACAAUCGUAACAGGUCCGAGCUGCACUUUUCCCCCUUCAGCGCAAGAAAAUGAUCAAGUCAAUCUUGUGGACAUGCUUCAUUAUUCAAUGAACGCACUCUUUCAAAACGCAGCGUUUACGUGCAGGAGUUUCUUCAACGCGUUGCUUUAAAUUUUAAGAUUCACUGUAAAAGGAACAGGACGAAUAGCGGGUGUGCAGAUGGAAGCGGGACGCCCUCUUGGUCACCUCUCUGUACCACCCACACUCAGCGGCCUCUGCUGCCUGGGCUCUUGCUAACUUCACUCUUUAACCUGACGGGACUGACACAAGUAUGCAGUUUGUGUAUUAAGGAUGGAGGAAUCUAGCCUGUGCCUUGGUGUGUCUUCAGCCGUACCUGAAGCUGAUGCCCAUCUCAGCAACACCGUUCUUAACGGCCGCUAUCCAAUCAGCCAGAAACUGCAUCAGCUGACUGCGCAGCUGGGCCAUGCAUUCCCUGAUCUCCAGAGCAGACAACAGAUCCCUGAAGAGAAAGCUGCCACCCCACUCGACGAGAAAAGUCAUACAGCUCUAGCCAGUCAGCCAAUCAGCAGUCAGAUGGCACUGCUUGCCAAUCAGCUCAACCGAGACAUUGAUGCCAGCAGUCUCAGUAUGAAUGGGAGAGUGGAUCUCCAGCAGUUCCUCAAUGGGCAGAACCUGGGCAUCAUGUCCCAGAUGAAUGACAUUGAGGAUGAUGCACGGAAGAACAGGAAAUACCCGUGCCCCCUGUGUGGGAAGCGUUUCCGCUUCAACAGUAUCCUGUCCUUGCACAUGCGCACACACACAGGAGAGAAGCCCUUCAAGUGCCCCUACUGCGACCACCGUGCAGCUCAGAAGGGCAACCUGAAGAUCCACCUGCGUACACACAAGCUUGGGAACCUGGGUAAAGGCCGUGGCAGGGUACGUGAGGAGAACCGGCUCCUGCACGAACUGGAAGAGAGGGCCAUUCUGAGGGACAAGCAGAUGAGGAGCAGCCUUCUGCAGCCCCGGCUGGACAUGAAGCAGCCACCCCAGCCCCUCCAGCACCAGCACCUCCCCAUGCAGGCUCAGCAGCAGCAGCCCUCCUCCGCCUGCAGCCUCCUCACCCCGACCAGCCUGGGAACGCCAGAGAGCCUUGCCCAGCCAUCACCCUCCCCUAAGCCGGCCCAUGCCCAGGAUGAACAAGCCGCCCCACAAACGGGCUUCAGAUGUACCUUCUGCAAAGGCAAGUUCAAGAAGCGUGAGGAGCUGGAGCGCCACAUCCGUAUUCUGCAUAAACCUUACAAGUGCACGCUGUGUGAUUUUGCUGCCUCCCAGGAAGAGGACCUCAUCAGCCACGUGGAGAAAGCCCACAUCACAGCCGAGUCAGCCCAAGGGCAGGGCUCCAGCAGCAAUGGUGAGAAGCCCACCAGCGAGUUCCGGUGCGAGGUGUGUGGUCAGGUCUUCAGCCAAGCCUGGUUCCUGAAAGGGCACAUGCGGAAGCACAAGGACUCCUUCGAACACUGCUGCCAGAUAUGUGGCCGACGCUUCAAGGAACCCUGGUUCCUGAAAAAUCACAUGAAGGUCCACCUAAACAAGCUGGCAAUCAAGAGCAAACCUCCGGGUGACUCCGAGGUGUCUGUUAAUAUGAAUAACAUGACACAGGAUGCUCACGCCAACCUCUACUCUAGAUACAUCUCCUGUUUGCAGAGUGGGUUCCUCAGCCCCGACAAGGCAGGCCUGUCUGAGCAGCAUCAGAUGCUCUCUAAAGCAGGGAUGGCCAUGAAGGAAAAGGAGAUGCUAGGGAAACUGUUAGCUCCUGUUGCAGGCUUAGGUCAUGGCCUAGCAGAAGGAGAAAAGCGCUCCUUGCUUAGCUGCCUCAAUCUGGUUCCCCCUCUGAAGUCCAGCUGCAUGGAGCGCUUACAGGCUGCGGCUAAGGUUGCAGAAAUGGACCCCCUUAACAGUUACCAGGCCUGGCAGAUUAUGGCACGAGGGAUGGCCAUGGAUCGAGCAUUCAUGCCGAAAGAGCAGCACCAUGUUCCUCACAGCCAGGAUGAAGACCUAGCGAAUGCAGGUAUGGUCUUUGCAAAAGAAAAACAUGAAUACCCAUUGAUGGGGUCUGACAGCUCCAAGCAGAAGCUUCACACAGAAGGUAUGCAAGGAACUAAGGGGACCAGUAUGUUGCCCUGCAAGGACGAUGGCAACUUUGAAUUCAUAUCCCAUGGUGGACUGGAGUACAGCCUGGCUAGUAUGAAAGACAAACCCACCGAGUGUCCUGACUGUGGCCGUGUCUUUAGAACUUACCACCAGAUGGUGGUCCACUCUCGAGUGCACAACAAGGAGCGCCGGCCCAUGGACGAGGCCAUGCAGCACAGCGUCUGCCUCGACGAGCGCCGUGGCUCCGCCAGUGACCCAGAGUCCCAGUCCAUCAGCAGGUCCACCACACCAGGCUCCUCCAACGUCACUGAGGAAAGCGGCGCUGGAGGAGGUCUCUCCCAGACUGGGAGCGCCCAAGAGGACAGCCCUCACCCCUCCUCCCCUGCAUCAGAUGCUGGGGAUGAAGCAGGGAAGCCAGUUGGAGUCCAGCAGCCCUCCUCCCAGCACAGAGACCGGGCUCUAGGGUCAGCUAUGAAGGACUGCCCCUACUGUGGAAAGACCUUCAGAACAUCUCAUCACCUCAAGGUCCAUCUGAGGAUACACACAGGUGAAAAGCCGUACAGGUGCCCACACUGUGACUACGCGGGCACACAGUCAGCUUCGCUGAAGUACCACCUGGAGCGCCACCACCGGGAGCGCCAGAAUGGUGGGGGGCCCUCAUCCAUACACCCCCUCCCUGAACACAAGGAUGAGCAUGCAGGUGGCAAGAGCAGUGUCUUCAUCAGGCCAGAUGUCCUGCGUGGGGUCUUCAAGGGCAUGCCUGGUGGGGUAGACUUCAGAGGAGGUCAGCUUCUGCCCCACCAGUGGGCAUCUCCGGGCAUGCUCUCUCCUCGUGAUCGGGAGAGAGAUCGCCAUGGGCAUAGCCUGGGUGUGGCCCCUGAAAACCAGUCCGAGAGCCUAAAGAGUCCUGAAUCAUCAUCUGGGGAUGGGCCAGCAAGCUUCUCCGACCUGGGCCGAGCCUAUCAGAGCAUGGCAGGCAAUGGGGUCAACUUCCAGGGCUCCCUGCAGGCCUUCAUGGACAGCUUUGUACUGAGCUCCUUGAAGAAGGACAAGGAAGUGAGAGAGAAGCCACAGCAUUUGGGCAUGGAGAGUGCGGAGGCGAAAGCCAAGCGAGGCGAGAACGGGGAGGAGAAAGCAGAUGCCAAGCCUUCCGAAGGCAAACCUGAGAAGUCUCAGUAUGAACCACUCGAUCUAUCUGUCAGGCCAGAUUCCGCCACCCUGCCGGGCUCCUCCGUCACCAUCCAAGACAACGUGGCCUGGCACGGCUGCCUCUUCUGCUCCUUCACGACUUCCUCUGUUGAACUGAUGGCUCUCCACUUGCAGGCCAACCACCUGGGGAAAGCCAAGCGCAAGGAGAGCGGCUUGGACAUGAAAGGGAUGAGCAGAGAACAAAUGGGGGAGUCGUCCUCUGUAAGCAAAGCCAGCCUGGCACCCACCAUCAUUCACCCUGGCAACGAGACCCUCUCCUCCAAGCAAGGCCCACAUGCAGAUAGGAUGAUCCAGCAAGAGCCAGGCAAAGAGUCUGCGGGGGAGCAGAAGGGCAUGGCCUGGUCGAACCACAUGGAAGCUGCCAAUGUCAGUGGCUUUCAGAGUGACUUCUUCAAGCCAUUCAGCAUGUAUGACAGCACAAUUGGGGGUCCAGGGCCCAAGGGUUUCAGUAGCACGUGUCCUGAGACUCAUGAGCAGCAGAUGCUGUCCUCCGAAACCUUGAGCAUGAAGCAGCCAGGCUUAAGCGAUGAGACAGGGGCUGUUGAUGACCCAGCCGACAAGGUCUCCGGCAGUGAGAUGGAGGUUUCUGAGGAGCAGGAGCCGUCCGAGGAUGAUGGUGGAACGGCGGACCGCAGUGUGGAGUCUGCCACUGAGAGGCCAGCCUCUGAUGAGGAUGAGGAUGAGGAAGAGGAGAUGGAAGACGAGGAUGUUGAGAGCAGCAGUGAGCGGAUGCAGAUGCAGGUGCAGAGCGAGUCAGCAGCAAAGGACACCCAGAGACUGGGGCCUGUCAUGCCUCCUCAGCCACCACUUCUGGAGAAGCAGUGGCAGGGCCUGAGUCUUCUUUCAUCUCAAGGAGUCCCCCCGGGGCUUCUGAAACCGGAACCAGCCCAUCUUGAGCAGCAGAUGAACAUGCUGUCCGUCCUUAGGGCCUACAGCACAGAGAACCUUGCAGCCUUCAACGGUCUUGGAAACAGCUCAAACAACACCAGUGGCAUCAAGAGACCAGACAUGCCCGUUCAUCAGUGGGUAAGAGAGGAGGAAGGCCCUCGCGCCCUCGCCCCCACGCUGGCCCAGGAAUGUAACGUAGCUGACAGUGAGAUGCAGGAAGACGCUGUUAACAAAGACUAAGGCACGGCUCCAAGAAGAGCAGCUCCCAGCCCGCGGGGGGCUCAUGCGCUUACCCAAGCGAUGAAAGAGCAGACUUUAUUAAAGACUUUGUACUAAAAGAGAAAAAAUAAAUAAAAAUAACAAAGAAAAGUGACCGAGAGGAGGAGGACCAGCGCUGUACUAAACGGGCUCGCUUUGGGGAUGCGGCGAGCAAAGCCCCGCUGAAAUGUGGAGGUCGCUGGAUAUACAGUCAAUCAGAAAUGGAAAUUUGGACUGAGACUCGAACGUGAUUGUUUGCUGUCUGUGUCCUGAAUCUGCUCGUAGCUCUAUCCUUGUUCCUUUAUGUGUCUGUUUGAAGAGGCAACCCGCUAACCUGAUUACCCCAUCUGCUUCCCACCCCUUCAAGGUAUCAGCCCCUGCAGAUUCUCUGUACCUAUAGAAACAUCCUCUGUUAGAGAUGCAGACUCUUCCCUGCAUCUGCAAAUACCACAGCCCCCCACCUUUGUGCUUUCUUGUACAUCAGAGCCACUGAACAGCUCUUCACUUCCUUCAAAUACUGUCCAAAUAUUAUUGGAAUUGUUCCAUUCAAAUUGAAAAGCUCACUUCAGUCACAGUUGUAAAUGAUGCAGCACUGAGCUGGGGACAUCCAUUAACAGAUUAAGCAUACUUUUGGCAAUGCUGAAUUGGUGUUCCUUACACUACAGCUCACCCGUCUCUGCCUUGUGCAAACCCUGGUCACCAUAAGCAUAUACACUUUUAGCUGACAGUCUAGUUGUUCAGAGAACUGGGUUAUUCUCACAGUACUGAGGGCAACAUGUGUAAGGUAUGAAUAAAUUGUGUGUGCAGAGAGCGACUGCAGCAGGGUACCUUUAGUUGGUUAGCUGUAUGUUUUUGGGGGACCACAAAUAGGUGAGAGUGCAGUGACAUCAGAGAGACAGGAGUGACUGUCCACACUCUCUCCCUCUAACAGAAACAGGAAUUAAGCCUAGGUAGUUAUUGUUCAUAUUGUCCACUGUUUGUUCAGAUGUUGACUCUGUAGAUUAUCAAAGAGCUAAAUGUAAAAGAUUAAAAAAAAGAAAAAAAAAAAAACAUUGUGAAUGUGAUAUGCAAAACGCUGAAGUGACCGUAAUAACUAGUUUACAAUAUCUUGUUCAAAAUAGAUAGAUAUAUAGAAUUCUAAGAAGAAUAAGAAAAAAAAACAGGUUUUACAUCUACAUUUUAACAUCUAUCUUGUUAACUUCAAGGACUUCUAGUGUUGCAAAUGUUUAUAAAAUAC